UGGGUGGACUCGCGAUAAAAAAAAAAUUAAGAAAAAAGAAUGAUUGGAGAUUGGUAUUUCAUCCGACUAAUAAGUUACUGCUCAAAGUGCAUUUUACAACCGCAUACACUUCCACCUUUGUCCUCUACUUGAUAAUUGAAUUAAUAAUAAAACAACUAAAAUGAAACUGGUUUCGAGAAAACAAGACAGAACUCCAUGAUGAAGCGUAUGCCCCUUUGGGAAUGAAACCGUGUCAAAAAUCUUUAUCAAAACUUCAAAAGUAUGGUAAUAGAACUGAACUUCGAACAAUGGGGAGAGGUCUUGCGUUUGCUUGAAAUCAUUGAAAUUAAAUGUAAUGAAAAGUGAUCAGAGUGCUUAUUUUUACUUUGUUUUGUGGGAAAUUGUGCUGGGAAUGUGGAUCUAUUGUGCACAAAGGAUGUUGGCUUUAUGCUGGAACCACCAGGCAGGUUGAGUUGAGAAACAAUUAGCUCAGUCAGCAAGCCUUUGAAUCUGAUUAAGCCAGGAAGUGGGCACUCCCCACGACAGGGCAGAAUGAAGGGAAUGGAGGCCGAAAUCCAAAACAAGGAAUGACUUCUCCCUCUCCCUCCCUCUCUCUCUCUCUCUUUUUCUCUUUCUCUCAGGAAACUAGUAUUAGAAUUAAUUGUAUCAAAUUUAUGUCAAGGAUUACUUCAUUACAAUUCACUAUCUUUGGUGAAACAAAUGCAAGCUUGUUUCCAAGUAGAUCAACAGUCCACAUGCGUCAUGGCUACUGUCUCCAAGAAACUUCUGUUUACUGAGGCCUGACAUACCCUCAUGUUUUGGUAACAAAAUAUCUUUGAGAUCCAGGACCCAAGUCACAGAGGAAGAUGCAGAGCCUAUCCCAGGCUGCUGGCCGAAUUCUCAUUUCUCUGGGGACUCUCAGUGUAUUCUCUGGAGUUAUCGCUUUCUUCCCUGUCUUUUCUUACAAGCUUUGGUUCACAGGAUGGAAUGUCUGGAUUGCUUGCCCCAUCUGGAAUGGAGCUUUGGCCAUCAUGACCGGUAUACUUCUGCUGGUGGCUCGCAAAGAGUGGACCAAGAGAUACCUGUGGGAAGCUAGUUUCACCUUUGUGAUUCUAAGCAUUAUGGGAUGUCCACUUCAUUUUGCGAUAGCCUUGGAAUCUGCUCUCCUUGGUCCAUAUUGCUUCUACUCGCUUUCAGGGAUUGUGGGGACCGGUUACCUCGGUUAUGCAGUUGCCUUCCCUUUUCCAUAUGCAAAAUUCCCAUCAGCUUGUGUGGACCCACCACACUAUGAAGCGUACCACCUGACGCUUCAAGCCUUCGACCUGUGCCUGAGCUUCGCCAUGUUCUGUGUGUCCCUGACAGUAUUCAUCAAGCUUUCUGCAGGACUUAUCUGGAAUAGACACAUACAUGUCUUAAUAAUAUAGCACAGUGGUUCUCAAAUGUGAUUCCUAUGCCAGCAACAGCAUCAUCACUGGGAACUUGUAUGAACUGAAAAUUUGGGAGCUGGGUGCCAACGGUCUGCGUUGGGAAACCCUCCUCCAGGUGAUUCUGAUGCAUGCUGAAGUUUGAGAAGCACCCGUGGAGCGUAAUGGAAAGCAGGCAGGACUUCAGAAUGAAAAACACCAGGAUUCAGAUCCUAGCCCUCUGGUCAGUUUAGGUAGGUAAUGGCCUUGGUUCCUCCCUGGUCAAAUGGAACUGAUGAGGAGAGCUGAUUCAUAGGCUUGUUGAGAGAAUUCAGUGACACUAUCUAGGUAAACCACAUAGCAGAAAAUCAAACACAAGAACAAAAACAGUGUCUAGUGUUGUUGAUUCAUUCAACACAUUUAUUAGAUGCCUUUGAAUAUCAGUGUCUACGGAGUCCAUUCAUUUGAGAAUGCACAAGUACAGAAUGAAAAUUUUAGACGUAACAUUAAAAAAUUUUUUAAUCUUUAUUUAUUUUUGAGAGAGAGCCAGAGCGUGAGUGGGAGAAGGGCAGAAAGAGAGGGAGACACAGAAUCCGAAGCAGGCUCCAGGCUCUGAGCUGUCAGCACAGAGUCUGAUGUGGGGCUCGAACCCGCCGACCACAAGAUCAUGACCUUACCUGAGUAGACAUAACAUUUUAGACAUAUCAUGGAAAAAUAUGAUAUUUAGAGAAGCUAAACAACAUGUUCCAGAAGACACAACUGAAUUGCUGGUGUCUGGAAGUCCUCUAGAUACCACUCAGACCUCAGCUCUGCAAUCAACACAUGUUCCUCUGUCACCUAAGAAGCUAUAAGACGUCUAGCUCUGGGCCUGGGACUUAUUAGUAUAGAGGCUGAAUUAAUUUUAAUAUUAUUUGAACAUUUUGAGCCAGGACUGAGUGCCCUGGCUAUUUAUUUAUUUACUUCCAUUCUACUUUCUUAUUUGCAUCCCUCUCUGUUUUGAAAGGGUUUAAGGUGACUUUUGGGCAUUUUAUCAAGAAUCAAAGUUUCAGCUGCUAUGGCACCAACCGUGGGGCCAGUGAGGUCCAGUGAUUGCUUCCUGGAACUUUGGUGCUCAGCAAAAUCAGCACAGUUCUGAAGAUCCCAAACUGAUACACAAGUGAAAGAGUCUAAUACCAAGUGCUUUAGGCUGACUGGAAUCCCAUGUAGAACGUGUUAAAAAUUAUAUUCAGUUCUCAAGAAAUAUGUGGGGGGUAUUUCUUGCCCUUGCUUUCACAAAGAAAUGAGCAGACAUUUUACUAUGCCCUUGCCUGGGAGAACUAAAUUUUUGGUUCAUGCUUACCAUCACAUGCCAAAAAAAGUCUGCUUUACAGGCCUUCCGGAAGGAAUAAGUCACCUUUACUUUAAAACAGCCUGUUUCCAGUUUUGUGUGGCUGAUAAUAUUACUGGACUAGUGACAGAGGCCAAGGCAAGAAAAUAGGCUGGGUUACUUAUAACUCUUUGAAUGUGGACACAUCAGCUUGUGGGAAGGAAACUAUUUAAAAUGGGGCUUAGGGAAAGGGGGAAAAAAAAAUCCCCUUUCCCCAUAUGAGAUUCUUCCACAGUGUUGUCAUGCAAUCUUGAAAACCUCCAUAGAACACUGGAUCACUCUCAUUGGAUAUAUGCAAAUUAUCUGAGACCCAGUGGUUUCCUGCCAGGCAAAAACUUAUAAUAACAGAGCAAGAAUGCAAUCUGAGCCCUUGCUCUCUGCAAUCCCUGAAAGAACAGAGUCGUUCUUGACAGGGCAAUUUCAGCCCUUGACAUUCCAGGAAAUAGCUUAAUAAUGUCAUUUAGGCUGGGGUUGUAACCAAUCCUAAGACAUGGAGACACAAAUGCCAUAUGUAAGAUUUAAAGUAUCGGUUCAGGGACCAUUAUUCAUUUUCACAGAGAGUUUAACAACAAAACACCGCCACAACAAAAACUAAGCCAUGCAUCCUAAUUAAAUUUAGCAUUGUCCCCACUAAUUAAACCCAAUAUGAGGAAACGGAAGGGUUCCUGUCCAGAAAUUUCAGACACAUCCUGAAGACUAUUUCUUUUCCGUUGACUUUCCUAGGUACUAGGACCAUGUCAUGUCCAGGUUGUGGUAACCAAACAAAACUGUUUUUUGAUCAUUAAUGUAUGUGCAGAAGUGAACCCCAUCUUGGGGCCUCACAGGCCUUUAUGAGACACGCUGGCCUUUACAUUUCAAUGUGUUUCAUUUUCUCUGGGUGCUGUACAGCUGAAAAAGGUUACAAGACUCAGGUUAAAAGUCAGGAAGUAGAUCAGGGCCCCAUACUAUGACAUCACUUUCUUGCAAUGCAAUGAUGCAAUGACAUUUCCUGCAGGAAAAUGAUUAGAGUUGACAGGCAGCCUCAGUUCCCUGCAGUGGAAGGUGUCGGGCCUUCCUCACUCCAGCUCCUGCCUCCCUCCCUCCUGUCCCUUGUCUGGGGCUUCUCAAGGCCAGAGAGAGAGAGAGAGAGAGAGAUCCAAGCCACUUCCAUUUUGUGAAAAUCCUGAUAUAUUUAAAAUGAAGGUGUGCUAGAAUUUAGCUACACAACUUGUGGAAUAUAUUAAUUGUUAAAGCAAUUGACACUUUUAAACAAAAUAUAUAUACUUUUGCCAUUUGCAAAACAGUUUCUAGAUCUAUUAUUAAAGGUGACAUAGGGGCACCUGGGUGGCUCAGGUAGUUGAGCGUCUGACUUCUGAUCUCAGUCAGGUCAUGAUCUCAGGGUCAUGGAAUUGAGGCCCACAUCAGGCUCUGCACUGAGUGUGGAACCUGCUUGAGAUUCUCUCUCUUUCUCUCUCUCUCUCUCUCCCCUCUGUCCCUCUGUCCCUCUCUCUCUCUCUCUCUCUCUCUCUCUCUCAAAUUAAAAAUUAAAAAAAAUUUUUUUUUAAGUGACAUAUAGGCAGAGCCACAAGGGAUGCUUGUACAUGCUGGCCAAAGGGAAGAGCAGGGAUUAAAAUUGACUCACUCUCUGAUCGUCAACCCAUGCUUGCUGGAGCGGUACGAGAUCUUUUUCUGAUUUACACAAAUGUCUCCCCACUCGCAAUAGGAGGUCUUGUAACAGACACAGGUUUAAGUUGAAUGACGAGUCAUUCUUCUGCUUUCAGUCCCCGGUGUCUCUAUACCUGUAGGUGUAACAUCUUUCAGGGGCAUCUCCAGAAGUGCACAUUUUAGGACCUGCCUGAUUAUGAAUGGUAGGCCAGUGAGUCACCUGCCAGAAUCACCCCAGCAUGUAGAGAGUCUUUUGGGGGGACUUAUAAACAAGUGCUGCCCGUGAGCCCCCACAGGCUGUGUGGGGCACAUGGCUUGGUGAGUAGAGGCUCUGAGCAAGGCUUCGCCUUGGCUAGGUACUUUUAUGUUCAAAUUACAAUACUGUAAUGGCAUUAAUGGCCCUUAAUAUGGUGGACGCUGCUCUCGACUCCAUACUCAGACAGAACUGCCCGGGCCCUUAACACCAAUUUAGAGACCCGAAUCAAGGCAAGAAGAAUCUAAGGGCUGGCACCAAUACUGGGACUCCACAUCAAACUGUCCUUGCUUGUCCAUCUGUGGCCUCGUAACUCGGUUCCUGGAUUUCUGCCUCUGCGUGAGCUCUAGUGGCUGGGUGCCUGGUGAGUGCUGCCUGGGACUAAGCGUUGAUUCCCUUGAUUUACCUUACCAUGCCUCUUCUGGAGACCUCAGGUCUGCCCCCAUAAACAACAGAAUGAGGACUCCAGACUUAGAAGCUUCUGUCAUUUUUCUUCUGCUUGUCACCCUGCUUUGGGAUCCUCUCAGGAGUUAAUGGCAUCUGCCGAGCAAUGACUGCAGCUAUGAUGAGAGAACAGCUUCCUGGCGCAUCUUUUGUCCGUUUCAAAACAAAACUAAGGCUAAGGCGCUUUUAUGUCAGAAGAGAGUCAGCAGGAGAAGUUUCUACUCCAAAAAAAAAAAAAAAAGGUUAUGACUUCAGAAAUGUAAAGUCUUAGGAUCCCUGAUGGAUUUACAUGCUGGAAGCAAUGUUUCUAGAUAAUGCACUGGGUUUGCCAGACAGGUUUAAGCUCUCUGUGGCAGUUGGAUGGAUACGUGUCAGGGAUGCUAUGAGGCACGGCUUACACAGAGCUCAAAAAUUGGGAGUGCGUCUAUAAAUCAUGACACAGUAACUGGAUAGAGCUUGCAGUGACAAUAUGCUAGCUCUGGAAAAAUUAGCAAAUAUCUCAAGGGCUAAUGCAUUUCUUUAGGAUGAGUCAAAACACAAGCAGAGUUGUCACUCCUUUCCUUCACUACCCUCUGGGUGUUCUCUCAAAGGUGUAGGUCUUCAUGAGUAACUGUUUCCACAGUCUCUCAAAGUAUCAGUGGCUACAACCCGGGAAGCAUGACAUGUCUAGAAGGACUAUAAAACUUAGAUCACGGGCAAGAAUGUAAAAUGUCCGACAUUACUGGGUUUUGAUUACUGUGCCAAAUUUGCAUUCUUACGCUAUCUAAUCACUCCUGUGAAGGAAAUUCAUUAUUUCCUAGAGUUGAACUUACGAGGAAAAAAAGAAUUUAUUUUACAUUUGGUAUUUUUGUAGAGUCACAAGGUCUGGAGCCUGUAUUUUUCACCAUUUGAGUAACCCUUCUGCUUGCCCAUACGUGUUGAAAGUGUCAUUUAACCUGAAUACACAGAUCAGACUUGCUGAAGACUUUACCCUUUCACCUUGCUGUAGGCAACAAGAAAGAUCAAAGCUUCCUGUAUGUUUUAGGGAUGACCCCUUCUUUGUUCCGAACACUUUUCACAUCUCCUGUUUGUGGAAGCUUCUGCAAAGACUGAUUAUUUCUCCAUUCCAUAAAUCUGCUUAUUAUAAGCAAGACUGCCAUUGCCCAUUUGGCCUCUUAGAAGAAGGAAUUUACUGAUGUGGACAGAUACUUUAUCAUAGCUUUUUAAAAUCAUAGUAUUUAAGAGUACCUGGGUGGCUCAGUUGGUUAAGCCUCUGACUUCGGCUCAGGUCAUGAUCUCACGAUUCGUGAGUUCAAGCCCCGCGAUGGGCUCUGUGCUGACAGCUCAGGACCUGGAGCCUGCUUCGGAUUCUGUGCCUCCCUCUCUCUGCCCCUUCCCCACUCAUGCUCUGUCUCUCUGUCUCUCUCUUUGUCUCCCAAAAAUAAACAUUAAAAAAAUGAAAAUCGAAUUUCCUUAUAAAAAAAUUAAAAUCAUAGUAUUUAAAACACAUAUUUUAGGAAAAAGAAUUGUCAGAAUUAGAUUGUUUUAAGUAUUUAUAAUCAAUAUGCUAUAACGAUAAGGCUGAGAUACAACAAGGAAAAAACUCAUCUGUUGUCAAUUUUGCCAUGAAAUAACCAAAUGACUGACAUACUUUAUGUAUUUUAUUUCUACUUUAAAUGACCUUAAUUUAUUUGUUAAUUCAUUAGUUCUUUUUGGUUGGAGUAGAAUAUAAAAUGAACCAUGAUAUAUUAUUUCACUUAGUUCAUUAAUUUAUUACUGAUUAAGAAUAUGUAAAGUGACUACCAGAGGACAAGGGACAAUGACUUGUAGAUUGAAAUCUUCUAGUUCACAAAACAGAGAUGAUACAGAAAUAAACACCAUGAAGGUUCAAUACUUUCCAGGCUAAGGGCUGAAAAGCAAAUCUUUUCACCUUUUUUGGUCUUAGUUUUCUCGUCUAUAAAACAAAGGAGCCAAAAUUAAUCGUAUGGUCCCUUUAGCUCUAAAAUUCUGGGACUAGGGGCACCUGGGUAGCCUAAUCAGUUAUGUGUCCAACUCUGGAUUUUGGCUCAGGUCAUGAUCUCACAGUUGGUGAGAUCAAGCCUAGCAUUGGGUUCUGUGCUGACAGCGAGGGAUUCUCCCUCCUUCUCUCUCUGCCCCUCCCCCACUCAUGCUCUCUCUCCCUUUUUCAAAAAUAUAUAAACAUUUUUUAAAAAACUAAAAGAAAUACAUGCCAGUGCUAAAAGCAAAUUUAAGGGGUCCCUGAGUGGCUCAGUCAGUUUAAGCUUCCAACUUCCGCUCAGGUCAUGAUCUCAUGGUUCGUGGGUUCAAGUUCUGCAUCAAGUUCUGUGCUGACAGCUCAGAGCCUGGAGCCUGCUUCCAAUCCUGUGUCUCCCUCUCUCUCUGCCCCUCCCCCACUUUCACCCUGUUUCUGUCUCUCUCUCUCUCAAAAAUAAAUAAACAUUAAAAAAAAAACUUAAAAUGUUCAAACUCUCACAAGCUUUGUUUGUCAAAUAUCAUAAAGAAGGUAAGCUCAAAUCUGAUUUACGACCACUGAUGGGGAGGUGGACGCUAUUACAGAUAUGGUGAUCAAUGAGAGGAAAAAUAUGGAGUUUGGCCAGAAGUAGGAGAAAAUAUCUCAGUGGAAUAGACACACUGGGAGGGAGGGAGCCACAGCAGAGACCUGAACAGCAAGACUGGGCUGAGUGCACUGCAAGUCUCAGAUCAAUCAAUCAACAAGGAUUUUAUUCUGCUCAGGUUACUUUAUUUGUUAAGGGAUUCUUAAGGGGGCGCCUGAGAUAACAUGGCCAAGGAUUAUAAGCCAUACUAAGUAUAGAAGACUGUAAAAAUAUCUUAGCAUCUAACUCUAUAAGACUAGUGGAAGAAGGACAUCUGUAAGUAAAGAGGGCUUAGAAAAUAUUUUAAGAAUGCUCUGAGGUUCAGCUUCAAACGGAGGGUCCUGGCUAAGGAUUGUGAAGAAAUAGCAGUUACAGACAGCCAGUGGAUGAUAACCAAAAUGGAGUUACUCUCUCUCUAAGCAAAGACUGCGGACAACCACUAUUUGGGGAGGAUAUUACCAAACUGUUGCAAGCAAUUACUUUGGCUGCCAACCAAGGAAGCAUCUUCACAUGUCCCCAAGACAUAAGUGACACUUUAGUGACGUAGAUAGAUUGCCCGCAUGACUCAUUUCUCUCAGAGAUAGAAAAAUAUGCGAUGCCCUAUAAUGCUGUGUUCUCCACCAUAACGAGAACUAGGUGAAGCCCACUGCAUGGCCCUUUUUGCUCUGUUUGCCAGGAAGCUGGAGACAGAAUUUAGACUCAAUUUCAAGACCUACAUUUAAAUAUCUAACCCACUGUUUUGAAAUUUGUAACUUUUCACCUGAUCUUUUGGGCUUCCCAAUUUUGCUAUCUUUGUAUCUUUAAUUACAUGCUGCCUCAUUCUUUCAUUAAUUUCACAGAUUAUUUAUAAAGCAUUUACUAUGUGCCAGGCACAUCAGGAGGGCAGGCGGAAUGUGACAUUGCCUGCCAGGCAGGAGACUCUGUCUCUGGCUUAUGCUGUGUUUAGCUCUUAGGGCUUGGUGUUUAUAUUGGGGAUACAGUUCAAGCAUUUUCCAGAUGAACAAGGGUUCUGGGACAUAUAGCUAGUUUUCCUAAUAACUCACUCCAUUUCAUCUCAGUUAGGAGUGGAUUUUUCCCGAGGGUCUUUGAUCCUACAGCUGCAGACAUUCUGGCACCAGGGAGCCUUAGAGGUCAAGGUUCCAGGACACACAGAGGUCAAUGAAAUCAGGGGACAUCUUAGACACCGCUGACAACCAACAGGAGUGAGCACUGUGGCUUCCAAGAUGGAUGGAUGAUGUCAUUUGUGGUAUAAAUAAGUGUGUGCUUACCACGCUCAGACUGGGAUCCAACAGGUGUGUCCCAGAACAGUGCUGUUUGGAAGAGACCCUCUGAGGAGAAAAGAGUCAAUAAACUGCGUGCUUCCCUUAAUCUAGGAAGUCUCUUUUUUUAUGUCAGACUCCCCAAAAUUGAGCAUCGUGGAGUACUUCAACUUGAAUCUCAGUUUCCCCGUCUGUAGAAUAAACGAGCUGGAUUUGCUAGGCUUCUAGUCCCUUCUAGCUCUAAUCAUCUGUCACUUUAUGACCCAUUUCUCCUUCCAGCCCUUUGGCUACACUGCUCUGCAAAGAUAGUCAUCAUUAUCACUCUCUUCAAAAGCAAUAAAACGCAAUAUGCAAAUACAAUGAUAACACCUGUUUAAUGGCAACACUGAAGGGCAAGCUUGAGACGUAUUGAAAGAUUAUUGAGUUAUAGCAAAGACUUGCUAGGUAUGGUUGCUUUUCAAGAUCAUUUCCUUCAUAGCGUAUCCAAGGCAAAUGCUUUACACCACGUCUUAAUAUACAGGUGUAUACGCACCCACACUCACAUAUUAGUACAGUGAUGUAUAUAUAAUAAAUGUGAAAAGAAUCUGAGUAACUUGUGAACUUAGGAAAUAGGUUACAAACUUUUUUAUUAGUUUACAGACAUUUUCAUUUCAUAUCAGUGAUUUGUAUGUAAAACAAACAUCUGGGAGUAUAACAGACACAAAUAAAAGGAAGACACAGUUUCUGCCCCAAAGAAU